AUCAUCAACGGAAAAGUAUGACAGGUGCUGUAAAGGUGUUCUUCAUAUGUUGUCUGCUUCAAGGGAUUUUAUGCCAACAAUGGGAAGCAUUAAUGCCUGUGGCAAUCAGUGGACUUCGUGGAUCCUGUGUGCUGAUCCCCUGCACUUUCAGCUUGCUCACAGGCUGGGAACAACACCUGGAUGAUUCCUGUAAAGCUAUUUGGAAAAGAGGCUGGAGUCAAACACCGGUUUUUGAUUCCAGCCUCACUGGUAGCUUAAACGUCCAGCAAGGCAACCUAACAGGGAGCCUGCGUGAGAAAGACUGCACUACCAUCUUCAAUAAUCUGCCAUCAAACCAUUUUGAUAUUUAUUAUUUCAGACUGCAUUGUAACAGCGCUCUGAGGUACAGCUUUAGCCAGCGUGUUGUGAUCUCCACUAGAAAUCCACUGCCCAAACCUACCAUAACUCCAUCCUCGCUGGAGGUGAAAGAAGGGACUCCAGUGAGGCUGAACUGCACGGCUGUAUCUCCCUGUCCCGUUCUUCCACCAGCUCUGACGUGGACCCCCACUAUAGGUGACAUUGAGGAGAACAUGGAAACUGAAUCUGUAACCUCUGUGAUGAACUUCACCGCUUCUUACCUCCACCAUGGACAGAGGUUAUCAUGUGCCGCUCUCUACAACCGACAAGCCGGUAACAGCGACCUUCUGUAUGAGAAAAGUUUGACCCUCCGUGUUCUUUAUCCUCCAAACAACACAUCAGUCAGCGACUCUGGCCCUGUCAAAGAGGGCAGCUUGGUGACUCUGACCUGCAAGGCCAACGCCAAUCCAGCUGUGGACAGCUACACCUGGUUCAAAGUGGAUGGAGAUCAGGUGACAGCUGUGGGUUUUAAGAACAGGCUUUCAACUACGGUCUCAGAGGUGGACAGCAGAUUUUUCUGCAAAGCCAGUAACAGCUACGGAUCUCAGAACUCAUCCAUCACUCAGAUAGACGUACAGUUUCCUCCAAAGGAAACCAGUGUAAUCGUGGACCCUGAUGGUCCGAUACUGGAGGGCAGCUCUGUUACUCUGCUCUGCAGGAGUCGUGCCAAUCCACCUGUGACCAACUACACCUGGUACAAAGACAAUGAAGAGGAUAAUGAGCUUGGAUCUAGACUGGUAAUAAAUGACGUGGACCCGAGUCAUAAUGGUGACUACCACUGUGCAGCAAAAAGUGAGCUCGGGGAGGAAACUUCAGCGCAGAUUCAGCUGGACAUCGAGUAUCCCCCGAAAAAUACCUCGGUGUUGGUUGACCCCUCUGGUCCAGUGCUCGAUGGCAGCUCUGUAACUCUGACCUGCUCAACCAUCGCCAAUCCAGCAGCUGUUAACGUCACCUGGUUCAGAGUGGCUGGAAGAGAAGCGGAGAUGGUGGGCUGUGAGCGAGACUUCACCUUCAAUGGAAUAAAACUCUCAGAGGAUCAGUAUUACUGUGAAGCUCUAAACGUCCACGGAGCUGAAAACUCAGAGCCUGUCAGUAUUGAUGUCACAUUUGCUCCAGAGAUCUUGCCUUCUUCCCGCUGUGUCCAGGUUCCAUCCCUGAUUCAAUGUACCUGUGACAGCCAGGGGAACCCGCCUCCCUCCCUUGUUUGGGAAUUGGCCAAGGAGCCUGUCAAUCACUCUGCUGUUGUCCCAAUCAGGGAAGUUCCCCUAGGAAGCGUUGGCAUGAGGAGUGUCAUCACCCUGUACCAUCUGGAAGAUGACAUGCCCUCUCUGGUCUGCGUCAGCAUCAACUCACUGGGCUCUGAUAGUUUUGCAUUCAAUGUUUGCUCCAGCAAAACUCAGCAAGGGCUCCAUGCUUCAUCUGUUAUGAUCGGCUCUGCAAUUGGAGCACUGGGGAUGCUGCUGGUGUGUGUCCCGCUGCUUCUGAUCUUUUGCAGGAAAACAAAAGGCAGCCUGUCAUCUGAUAAGGGGAUGGUGGACAAGUCCAACUUUUUGGUUACUCAGGGGACAAACUCUUCAAAUGUGGAUGAGACUUAUGCCAAUAAAGCCAUUCUGAAAGAGGACGGAGUGGCAAAUUCUUCAAAAGUAGAUGGAAUUUUUAACAAUACAGACUUUCUAAAGGAAGAAAGUGUACUGGAGGAUGACUUUCUCCAGUAUGCCAGUGUGGACUUCACCAAACUCAAAGCCAAAUCACAGGACAAGCUUGGGGAAGGGGAAGUUAGAGGCCUGGCCUCCAAGACGGAUGAGUAUGCUGAGAUCCGUCUGCACUCCCAAGGAAGCAAUGGAGGAGACGCAAAGUAGGAAGAGACAAUUAAUGACACUCAUUUGGGACAAGGAAAAGACACUGAUGAUCUGGUGAAAAGAUAGUUGGUGAAAGUGUUAUGGAUUAAUUUAAGGGCAUUUGACAGUCAAAUCACAAGAUUUGGGGUUUCAAAGAGCUUUAUGACUUUACCAGGUCUCUGGUUUCAGUUUUCCACAAGCUGCUCAGCUCAAAAAGUCUGUAGCAGAGGCAGAAGAAACUGCACUGCAGGCAAACUUAUUAUAAGUAAUACCACACACUUUGAUGGCUUUGAUUUUAGCGCUUAACUUUAUCACUAACUCUUUUUGUGUCUCUUUACUGAAAAAUACACUGCAAAACAAAAUAACCAUAAAAAUAAUUUUAAUACAGUGGUAGGUAGUUGUACCACAAUCAGCCACAGUAAAUGUUCCCUUUAAACUCAUGGCCUUUAUUCUUCUCUGUAGUUCAUUACUUCACCAAAAUGCUGCAAAUACAAAUCAAAGUUGGCUGUUGCAAGAGCUGAAUUCAAGGCGUGUUAUUAAAUGGAGCAUGGACCCAUUUGUUUUGCACUUGUUACUGCACGCCUAUAAAGCAACGAAGCACUAAAAUUGACAUUUAUGGAGUGAAAAUAAAGUGAUA